GACCUUGUGUCAGAAGAUUGAUCGAGCUAUGGUGGAGGCCUUGUCUCGUUUUGAAGAUCAAACAUUGGAAGAAUUUUGUAGAACGACUCGAAUUUUCAUUGUACUGAUGGCUAUGAAGUAUCAGUACCGCGAGUUGAGAGCCGUCACCUGGGGAGAUAUUCACAGCCCUUACUCCGGCUCUGGACAUCAAAAGUGCUUCUACGCCGGCAGUUUGCUGGACGACUUCUUCAGGUACCUGCGAAUGGCCCGCCAUUGUUCAAACCCCUAUUGGUUAAUCACCUUCGUACCAUACACAAACGGCAUUGACAAACUGCGUGAUCGGUGCUUGAUAUUCAAGAACCACUUCGAGGAAAGAACUGAGAAAUUUAAACGCGAUUAUUCCAUCUCUGGGGCAAAGCUUAUUGACCUUUGCCAUCGCUUGAUGCGGAGACAGGUCAGGAUGACCCCACAUGAACAGGCGGUGACAGUCAAUGGAACGGAAUGCUACAUCAACCUUCCAUAUAGGGUGCCUUACACUUGGUUCAAUUGCCUGCCUUCAUCUCAAGCUCAACCUAAUCAGAGGAGCGAAGAGCAGAGAUCGAUAUAUCUGCGCAUGCGCCAACUAUUUGAUGGCAGGAACCAUUUCGUCCUGGAGAAGAUUCAUCACGAAAAAGAACUGGUAAUUCGGAAAGGACACGAAACGUUAGCAUUAAAAUACAUCGUACCUUCCUUUUACAACUCGAUUCACCAGAAUUAUGGCUAUUUAUUUUUUUGUGGAAAAAUGGAUGGGUUUUCCGGUGGCCGCAAUUUCUUCAAAGAAAGAUCUCCAACCGUUGAGCUUUUCAAUUAUUUUAAUCUGGAUUUUUUUACUUCACAUGACGAAACUGAUGCGUCUGACGGCGUAGUUAAUGUUCUAGAAUCCUCUAACAUGGACCUGGAUAUUGACACAGAACUUCACUCGCCGUUAAGACUGGCACCAAUAAGAUUUACUGAUGACUGUAUAGGACUCGUUUGGUAUCACGGUGUAGGAAUGUACGGUUAUCGCCAAAUCCGCUUCAGGUGAAUCAUGGAACUAAAUUCCUUUUGAAAAUUACUAUAAAUUGCCCUGCAUCUCUUGCAAACGACCUAACAUCUACUUUUCAACAUAUUGUAAGCUCCAGCAAAAAUGUUUAA